AUAUCCAGGUUCGGAAAUUUUGUGCAGUCUUUCUGACCCUGGAAAUUGUAAUUGUGUGAAAGUUUCGUCGAAUCCGAUAGAUACAAGCGCGGUUUUUGAAAACUCUGUGAAUCUGAUCUGUAGAGUCGAGGGGGUGAUUGGUGAAGAAGUGCAAUGGACAAAGGGAGGAUUUGCUCUUGGCACAGUUUCAACUAUUCCCGGAUACCCAAGAUAUUCAAUGGAUGCCAACACUGGAAACAGUCUAUCUGGAAACUAUGAUCUCACAAUAACAAACGUACAGCUGGAAGAUGAAGAUGUUUAUCAAUGUCAAGUUACUAAUUGUAAUGUUCAAUCUUCUAAUGCCAUGCUCGUUGUAUUGGUUCCACCUCAUGGCCCUAUUGUAAUUGACGAAGCACCUGAUGGAGAAUAUAGGGUCAUCGUUGAAGAGACUAUCUUGAUCAGAUGCGAAGCAUGGAAUGCUAAGCCAGCAGCUGAUGUAUCAUGGUUUAAAGGUAACGAUCAAAUCAUCGUUGGCGUUGAAAAACAAAUAUAUCCACCGAAAUCAUCUUUAUAUAACAGCAGUGCAACUUUAUCACUGACUCCAAAUCUGGCAGAUGAUAGAGAAGUUUAUACCUGUAUUAUGAAUAACGACGCAUUGAUAGCUGAAGAUCCUGCUGUUAUACCGGCACAGAAGAAAGAUAUAACUUUGGUUGUAUUAGUACCACCGAUUGGACCAACUAUUGAAGAUUACGAUCCCUCGAUAGGAACAAUAACGGUUGCAGAAGGAGAACCAAUUACCAUAACAUGUAGAGCGGAAAACGGAAAACCUACUCCCAACAUAACAUGGUAUCGAGGUGGCAUCGCUCUGACCACGAACGUCGAUGUUGAAACCAGCCCGUCCGACUCGUACGGAAGACGUAACGUUACAGCCUAUAUGCGGAUGGUAGGAAACAUUACCAAUGACAACAUACGAUUUACGUGUGCUGUGUGGAACGAAGCUCUAGCGGUAUCAAGCACGUCUUCAUUUAUUUUGGAGGUUACAACUCCUUUGGGCACAGGUGCUAUCAUUGGAAUUAUAGUUGCUAUUGCUGUAAUAAUUCUGCUGUUGUUACUGCUUGUAUACAUUCUUUGCAAGAAAAGAAAAACAAAGAAGAAUGUCACAGAUGAAAAUACGGUGGUACCACAAUUGGAAAUUUCACCACCAACUGAUACAGAAAGCACUUCAUCAACUAGCGAAGAGACUAGUUCUCAACUUUCAAUGAAAAAAGAAAUCAGUCUGGAUUUAGUUGAGCCUGUGUCAGAAGAUUCGCUACAUGGUGCAAUCAAUAUAGCAUACGAUGACAUUGGAACGGCACAUUCAGGAAGCACUAGCCUUCCUCCCUUCUCAGAAUCCUCGGAAUCUUCGUGUACAACGUCAAUGGAUGAGGAAGACAUCGAGGAACCUGAACUACCAGGAGGAGACAUAUUUUCUAUAUCGUCAUCCUUACAACGAUCAGAGCGUGGUUCUCCUGUCGAUCUGUUGGAUGAAUUAGAGAUUCUAAGCGUAUCAACUCCGCGAGGAGACAGUUGGGCCAGACCAUCAGAAAACAGCCCAUUUUCAAAAUAUCUGAUGCAAAGCCAAUCAGAAGGAAUGAUAACUAUUGUAUAGUUUCACGUGUCA